AUGUCCGCCACCCAACUUAAGACAGUCGCCAUCUUUGGUGCCUCUGGCAACUUCGGCACCCCCAUCACUGCCGCUCUCACUAAAGCAGGCUUCAAUAUCACUAUCAUCACCCGAACUGAAUCCAAGUCCACAUUUCCAGAUGGAAUUCCCGUAAUCAGAACAGACUAUACCCUAGAUGCACUUACCCAAGCUCUGUCUGGUCAGGACGCAGUUGUAUGUGUUGUCGGUCCAGCCGGCAUCAGUCUGCAAGCGACCAUGAUUGACGCUGCUCUCGCCGCUGGUGUCAAACGCUUCCUCACGGAUGACUACGGCUGGGGUCCAGAGUUCAGAAGCUAUCCUGAAUUUGAAGCAGUGCGCGCCCAGCGAACUGUUGGUGUCGAUCGUGCGAAAGAGCAUGCUGCUGCGAACCCCAACUUUACUUGGACCAGUAUCGCGACUGGCAACCCCAUUGACUGGGCGCUAAAACGGUUCCCUACUAUGGGAUUCGACAUCAAGAAUCGCAGUGCAAUUAUCUAUGAUCAAGGCGAAGAGUACUUCACCGGUACUACUCUCCAAGGCAUAGUGCUUUCCAUCAAAACAUGUCAGAACGAGCUCUUGGAAGCUUUUCAGAAGGGAACAGGAAGUGAAUGGGAUGUCAGAAGACAAACAACGAGUGAGCUUAUAGAUGGAGCGCGAAAGAAGCGCGACAAUGGCGAAGGCGGCUGGAUUCUUGACUUGGCCGUCGCUCAAUUGUAUGAGGCAGUUGAGGGAGGGAAAGCUCGCUGUAUUGUUGCAUCGUCGUGGGAGGAGUCGGAUUCUGGGCUGCUUGGGGUUACUCGGGAAACGCCUGGAAGCAUUGUCGCUUAUGUUCUAGCUUGUGUUUGA